GUCUCUUUCAAGCGUAUCAUAUUAAUAUUUGCUGCUAUAGUGUGUGAACAUGUGUUCUAAAGUAUUGCUGUAUAGAAUUGUGCAUUUCGUACAAAAGAAUUACAUUUUACCGAUUGUGACAGUGGGUUUUGCAACAGGUAUUUUAUUGAUGUCAUAUGAUAGUGGGUAUUUCAAUAAUAAAGUUGCAAAACCCCCAGCUAAGUUAAAACUGCGAGAGGAAUUAUCUAGCAUUGAAUUAAAAAUUCUACAGCAGACGACAGAAAAGAUAAGUUCACUAAUCACUACAACUACAAAGCAAACGACAACAACACAAAUCCCUUGGUAUGACCCAACACGGUUACUCGAAGAUACGGAAAAACAGCUCGCAGGAUGGAAAGCUCCUAAAGGAAAAAUAGAGAAAUACAUCAGGAAAAUAAAACUUAGCAGUACGGUCCCUCCAAUCACAACUGUGAACCUGGGACAAGUUUUCACUAUUACCGACAGAUGGAAAGUUCAACAUAUUGGUUGCUUCAGGAAAGCUAGAUUUGCCAUACUCACAAGUCCAAAUGUCACCACAAAUUUUCACGGCGACAUAGGAGAUUGUUUAGAAAGAUGUGGAAAAUUAUAUAAAGAUUGGGUGGCCUAUGACGGAACAGGAAAGAGGUGUUCAUGUGGAAUUUCUCUCUACAAAUCAAUGCCAAUUAUGUUAAUGGCGGAUCAUAGCAUAACGUGUGGUGCUGGAUUUGAAGAUGUUUACAGAAUUGUUAAGUACUCACCCAAUGCAUUCAUAACCAUGGACACCAUAAAACUAAGUGGCAUUGGGUGCUUUCCCCGAAAAGAAAAAAUGAAUGAGAUAUUUGGCUCUUACAUGGAUACUGCCCUAACCAUAGGGGAAUGUCUACUACAGUGUGAAACUAAUGCUUAUCCAAGUGCAGCAUGGACAAAUCCAGGAAUAUGUCAGUGUGGACAAUUCGACCAGAGUACUUUUCCUGGAAACAGGCUCACACUUCGCGAAAUGGGACCUUCUGUAAACGAUGCUUUGUGCGACGAAGCAGAAUGCCAUGGCGGAGCACCGUGUGAAUAUGUGAGAAUUAUGCGAACAAAUGCAGAAGACAAAAGGUGCGAUGUCAGAAAUUUCUUGCCUCCAACAGUCGGACGAUUAGUGUCGCUAAUGAGUUUCCCUGGAUCAGGCAACACCUGGGUGAGAUAUCUGAUCGAAGAGGCAACAGGAAUAUUCACAGGAAGCGUUUAUUCGGAUGUAGAUUUAUACCAACAUGGGUUCAUCGGAGAAAUUUUGCCAUGGAAUUCCAGACGCACAUCAGUGAUUAAAACACAUUAUAUCGUUCCAAAAGAAGCCACAAAAUUUGAUGAAGCAAUUUUAAUUAUACGUAGUCCAUAUGAUGCUAUAAUGGCAGAAUUCAAUCGUUUUCGAGGAGGACAUACUGGAUACGCGGAAGAAGCUUUGUUUAAAACUCCAGAAUGGAUUUACUUCAUAUCGUACAAAAUGCCAAAAUGGUUCAAGUCAAUUGAAUUGUACGCACAGAUGGAAAAAGUUCAAGUGAUAUAUUUUGAAGACAUCGUCAAAGAUCCUAUCACUGAAGUUCGCAAGAUUGUCAACUUUCUGAACUACCCUAUAAACAACAUCGAGGAGCGUUUAAUUUGUCUUGAAUCUAAUUUAAGCGGAAAUUUCAAGAGACCGAAAAGGACGUUGAGUUUCGAUCCGUAUCCUCAAAAGUCGAAAGAUAUUGUAAAUUAUUUCAUAAAAACUGCUAGAGAAAUAUUAGCGAAACGAAAUUUACCAACUUUGCCCUUAUAUGAAAAAUGAUAUAUAUACGUUUAUUGCUUUUAGACAUGUUUAGAUUGUUUUUCGCGUUAUUUGUGUGUCAUGCCGUUCAGAACUUAAACGGGUUAUUGUGAUUAGGGAUGGAAAUUUCGAAUCGAAUAGUAAAUUAUUCGAAUCGGUUCAGAGCAAAAUUUCGAAUUGCCGCCAUCUUGUUUUUUUUCUUUCCGCCAAUGAUCGAGGUGGAUUCCCCAAUAUUUUUUUCAUUGGAG